AUAUAUAAAUACAUGGAAUCACCCCCUCCAUAUCUAACACACACCACCAUUUCCUUCAUUUCAAUUCUUCUUUCUUCUUCACCUUCUGCUCUCUCUUUCAUUCCCUUUUCUUUUUGUUGUCUAACUCCUCCUGUACUUCAAUUGUAAGAGAAAAGAGAAAAUGAGUAGGCCAGGAGACUGGAACUGCAGGUCAUGCCAGCACCUCAACUUUCAAAGACGUGACUCAUGCCAACGCUGUGGGGACUCAAGGUCUGGAGGCUGUGACUUCGGAGGUUUUGGUGGGCGAGGUGGCGGCGGCGGCGGCUCAUCAUUCGGCUUCAUUACUGGCUCUGAUGUUCGCCCAGGUGAUUGGUACUGCACUGCCGGUAAUUGUGGGGCACACAACUUUGCUAGCCGCUCAAGUUGCUUCAAAUGUGGUGUUUACAAGGAUGAUUCUGUCACUGGUGGUGGCUUUGACUCUGACAUUCCUCGCUCUAGGGGCUUUGGCGGUGGCAGCAACCGCUCUGGAUGGAAGUCCGGGGAUUGGAUUUGCACUAGGUGGGGAUGCAAUGAACACAACUUUGCUAGCAGAAUGGAGUGUUUCAAAUGCAAUGCCCCUCGGGACCUCAGCAACAGAACUUCAUAUUAGAAUUGUUUUCUCAAUUUCUGGGUGUGGCAGCAACCAAGAGAGAGAAUAUUAAUUAAAAAAUAUGAUCACUACUUUAUUAUUUUUAUUUCUUUAGUAUAUUUCUUUUGGGUAGUAGGUUUAUUAAUUGAGAGUGUAAACCUGGUUUAAGGCCUAUCUUCACUCUCUCUAUAUAAUCCAUUUGGCAUUUUGUGAGGCUUCCAUAUGAUCUUACUGUAUAAAUAAAUCUUUUGUAGCCAGAUGGGGCAAAAAAAAAUGUACUGCCCAAUAUAUUAAUUUCCCUUUUGGUUUUCUUAGAGGCUUUAUUUAUUGUAAGGUGCAUGGUUUCUUAAAAGAAGAUGAUUCUGUCUUUAAUUUCUUUUUUCUCAUUGUUUGAAUUAUUGUUAUAAAGGAUAUGGCUUUCUUGCUAA